AUGCAUGCUAACAUUGAUCGUAUCAUAUCGGCAGAAAUACCAAACAAAGACACUGACGAAAAGUUGUAUAACUUGGUUAAAUCUCACAUGAUUCACGGACCUUGCGGAAAUGCUUUUCGGAAUUCACCGUGUAUGAAGGAAGUUAAAUGUUCAAAAUACUUCCCUAAAGACUUUCGGCGUGAUACGAAUGUUGAUCAAGAUGGAUAUCUGGUAUAUAGAAGAAGGGAAAACGGUCACACUAUCGUUAAGAAUGGAAUUGAGAUUGACAAUAGAUUUGUUGUUCCCUACAUUGCAAAGUUAUUUCUGAAGUACAUAGCUCGUAUUAACAUGGAAUGGUGCAAUCAAAGUACAUCCGUCAAAUAUUUGUACAAAUACAUCAACAAAGGCUAUGAUAGAAUAAUUGUUGCAAUUAUAAUGAAUCAAGAUGGAACUGCUUUGCAACAUGACAUCAUCGAUGAGAUCAAACAGUAUAUUGACUGUAGGUACGUUUCUCUGAGCAAAGCUGCUUGGAGAAUUCAUGCUUUCCCUAUUCAUGGAAGAAAACCAGCUGUAGAAAGACUACAUUUUCACGCUGAGGGUCAAAAUUCACUCUUCUUUACUGAUGUCAGCAGUAUUACCACAUUCCUUGAUAAACCGAGUGUUACGGAAUCAAUGUUUACAUCUUGGUUUGAAGCCAACAAGAAAUACGAAGAAGCACGACAACUAACAUAUAGAAAUUUUGCUUCGAAGUUUGUAAACGUAAAAAAAAGAGUGGAAACUCAGGCAAAAGGGAUAUACAAUUGGCAGACUAAUAUGGGUUCCCCUAAUUACCGGAGAAUUGUACUAUCUCAGGAUGAUGCUAACACAUGUUAA